AUGGAGGGGGAUGAGAUCAAUGUCAGCAGCUUCACUCCUCAAGUCGCCAGCGCUUCGGACUUACCUAGUGUGAUCCCCUUCACUCUUGACCUGUCUCACCGGAACAAAGGUCUUGUGGACGAGUUGGAAGUGCACUACGCAGGAGAUGCCCAGGAAAACCCUCAAGUGACCAAGAGCAUAACAGAAAGACGACCAGAGGAGUCCUGGAUCGAAAUUCGAUAUCCAUUCACCAGAUCGGCAAGCUUGAAAGAGCAGUACCGAUUGUUUGGGACAGGCUAUGUACGGUUCGGGAAAAUUCUCGAGGACAUGGACGCUAUGGCUGGUGACGUUGUUUGGCGGCACCUCCGGAGGAAAGACCGGCUGAUAGCCACCGCGGCUGUGGACCAUUUGGCUUGGGCUGGCGAGUUGAUUCGGCUCGACAAGGACCUGCGAAUACAGGGUCAGGUGACGUGGGUGGGGCGGUCUUCGAUGGAGAUCACGCUGGAAGCUUCCACCGUUGGGCCGCAGCCGGGCGACACUCCGGAGGUUUUGGGUAGCGCGCACUUCGUCAUGGUGUCACGGGAGGACGACAAGGCGGCGCCGGUCCCGCAGCUAGUGCUGGAAACGCCGAAAGCUAGGAAGCUUUUUGAG